CACCUCACCCCAUCCAAACAAAAAUAAAAAAUUUAGGGUGGGGCAAGAAAAGUUAGAGAGAGAGUAGUUGCGUUUGCAUUGAAGAUUGAAAAAUUGAAAUUUCAUUCAUUCUAUUCCACAGGUGUGGGAACUAUUCUCGCUAACCAACAAAUACAUAUAUUCUGAUGUAUCAUCAUCUUCUCUAGUCAUCUUCUUCUUCCUCACGCUAACAACAACAACAACAAGGUUUCUUUUAUUUAUUUUUUUAUUUAUUUUUUUGCGCUGAUUUUUCGUUUGUUCCUGAUUUCUGAAUAUAUAAAAGAAAAACGAUAUUGCGAAUUGGCGUAUUCCUUCCCUUUCUGUUUUCUCUUUCAUUGCUGCGAUACUUCACCUAAGCUAUGCCGACUUUUACUGCUAUAGCGUUUGAUAGGUUAAUAGAGCCCGGAGGUUCUAGGGCUGGUCAUCAGAAAUCUGCUUCAAUUUCGGUUCCAGCUCCGAAGAAGCUUGAGAGGAGGACCAGUGAACCACCAAGUUCCAGAAAGAGAGUACCUCCUCGUCCUCAAUUAAAGCCGUCACUCUAUGCAACUCCUGAGGUGAAGCCGCUUCCGGAUUCUCCGCUACAAGAUUCUCCUUCUUCGUUCUUGGCUUCUCCUUACAUCAUCAAUCAUAAACGUCGUGGGCCGCGUCUUCUCAAGAGUUUCUCUGAGGCCAAUGUACAGGCUAAGCAGGAGAUUGAUGAUGACGUAAAUGUUAAUGGUAAGAGCUCUAAUAGUGUGGUUUCUAGUUCCGCUGGUGACCUACAAGUCAGUUUCGUGAACUCUGAACCUGUUAAGGAAGAGCAAGACGGUGGUGUAGAAGAUAACAAACUUAGUAGCAGCAAUGGUGGCGAUGUUGAGCACAGAGAAAAUGGAAGUAGUAUUGAUCAUAAUGGAGUGCAUUUGGAAAAGGUAGUGGUGUUGAAUUCUGAAACAGAUACUGAAGACUUUUUCGAUCCAAAUGAUUCUAUGAGCUUUAGUAGUUACACAGAUGGGGAGGAUAAUACAAGCAAAGAUCGUACUGCAAAAUAUAGUAGUUCCGCAGAGUUUUUUGACGCUUGGGAAGAACUCUCUUCUGAUAGUGGGACGCAAGGCUCUCUACGCUCUCUACGUGAUGUUGAUGCUGAAUUGCGUGAAAUAAGGUUGAGUCUAUUGAUGGAGAUAGAAAAGCGAAAGCACAUUGAAGAAUCCCUUAAAAGCAUGCAAAGCCAGUGGGAGAGAAUUAGAGAAGGGUUAUCUUCUGUUGGAAUUGUUUUACCUGCAGAUCUAGCUGCUAUUGCGCAAGGUGGGCAGCUGAAUUCUGAUCCUGUGGAUGAUAUAUGUCAGCAGGUAUACAUUGCUAGGUUUGUAUCAAACUCCAUUGGAAGAGGAACUGCCAGGGCUGAGGCGGAGGCAGAAAUGGAAGCCCAGCUAGACUCAAAGAACUUUGAGAUUUCUCGACUGUUGGAACGUCUUCAUUAUUAUGAGACCAUGAAUAGGGAGAUGUCUCAGAGGAACCAGGCGGCAGUAGAGACGGCAAGGCGUGAGAGACAAAGAAGGUCUAGGAGGCAGAGAUGGAUUUGGGGCUCUAUAUCUACUGCCAUUGUACUUGGUACUACAGCAAUAGCAUGGUCAUAUCUUCCAUCAAGUAAAGGAUCAACAUCUGCAGACCAUGAUGACGUUUCCGAACACAAUGACGGGGCCAAUUAAUAUUCCGUCAACACUAAUUUUGCCUAGUUAUGGUAGGAGAGGUGAAUAAAAGUUUUACACACCACUAUGUGGCGAACACGUCUCACACGUCUCACACUUAAUCGAUUACAAUUUUGAAGCAGUUUGAGUAUGUGAAUAAUUUUAUUGGGUCGUCCAGUACAAUUACUUUGCCUUCCACUGCAAGUCUUAGAUGGUUGAUUAGUAAAAUGGUACAGUCCAUGUUGAUAAGAUAAUACCUUAUAGUUUUUUCUUACCCAUUCUUACAAGCAGAAUAAGUAUUUGGCAUCUGAUA